UCCAUUGAUCCGUAAGCAUUAGAAUCAGUGAAUCACCAGAAGCAAACCCUAAUUUUCUUCCUUUUGGGAAACGUACAUCACUCGCUCAGGAUAAAGGAGAAGACUUUGAAGCUCCGCUUGCUGCCUUACCCAAAUCGGGGCACUCAAAUUCUCAAUUUGAAGAACAUUUUUCUUAUAGAACAAAAGCAGAAGUACCUGCUAAAGUGAAGGAAGAAAGGUUAUACCAGGAGUGAGGGUAUUGCUUAACCUGCUUCACCACUUCAUUCCUCAUAUCUGGGUCUUCAUUGAACUUUUAAAGUUCUCACCUUUCUAUUGUCUAACUAUCUUCACGUUAGUUUGAGUGAAAAUAAUCAUCUGGGGUAUUGUCUUUGUUACAUGUGUCAGUUAAUGUAGUUCUCUCUUCGGGCUUGCGGGCUCUUAUCAUGGACCACCAGAAAGAGAGAAUUAAGAAUGGGUGCCAGAAGAUUUUGGAAGGAAUAAAUUCGAUGUCUUUGGCAAAUUUAGAUGAUCAGCAAGUACAUUCUUUAGUGAUGAUGAGAGAAAUAGCACGUGGGGUUGUUGAUGACCGAGAUAGAAAGGUCUGUUCAUCCAGGGAUAUCAUUCAGAUAUUAAGUAGAAUGUCCUUUGAAGGUUUGGAUGACCAAAGGAUGCAUUUAGUGACGAGGAUGAAAGAAAUUGCACAUGGGGUUAUUGAUAAACAACCUCGAGUUGCAAUAGCUAGGCCUAACUUGCUUGCCGAAGAAGUUGGCUUUGUGGAUGAAGGAAUGCAAGAUAGUCCCGUGGUUGAGUCAGCCAAGAUUAGCAAUGGGGAUGCCCUAAUUGAUGGGGCACAGAGCAUGACUAACGAAGAUGAGAUGUUGGAUGUAGAACACGUUUUAAGGUUUGAGAAUGAGAUAGAUGAAAUACAGGAGUCUCUGUUACCAUGCUUUGAGCAAUUUCUUAUGUGGCCGCCUAAUGAUUGUGUCACAAUUGAGUGGGUUCAGGAUGUGAUGGUCAUCCUUGAGCAGGCCUCACAGAAGAUGUUGCCAUCGGAAUUCUGUCAUGUUGUACCCACCCUUUUGGUGGACAAAUUGACAGAUGCUGCUUGCAGUAUUUUGUGUAAAGAACCAAACUGUGUGGAGAUCAAUUGCGAAGGAGAAGAUUCAAGAGUAAUCGUAGUUGGCGAUAUUCACGGGCAGUUUCAUGAUUUAAUGUUUCUUUUCAAGCAUGAAGGAGUGCCCUCUGAGAACCAGAUUUACGUUUUUAAUGGAAAUUAUGUAGAUAAAGGAGCUUGGGGAAUUGAAGUAUUUUUGGUCUUACUGGCUUGGAAGGUAUUGAUGCCUCACAGAGUAUUUCUACUUCGUGGAAAUCAUGAAUCAAGAUAUUGCACUGCGAGAUAUGGUUUUAAGAAGGAGGUGUGGGCCAAAUAUGGUGAUCAAGGUGAUGAUGUCUACAAUAAAUUCCUAGAGUGUUUCAAGGAGCUUCCAUUAGCUUCAGUUAUUGCCAACUGUGUUUAUACUACUCAUGGAGGACUUUUCCGUAGCAUACAUGCAGCCCCUUCACAGAGACCAAAACGGAAUAAAACACAUAGAGUGGAUCUUGGCUCUUUAGCCGAGUUAUUUGAAGUUAAAAGAUCCUGUAUAGAUUGUCCUUAUGAAGGUCCUAACAUAUUGUUGAGUGAUGUUCUCUGGUCAAGACCAUCAAACAGGUAUGGUCUGAGGGAUAAUACAGGCCAUAAGUUAGGUUUAUGGUGGGGUCCUGAUUGCACUGAGGAAUUUCUAAAGAACCACAGUUUAAAGCUGAUUAUCAGAUCACAUGACGAACCCGAUUCAAGGGCUGGUAAAGAUGAUGAUCUUGGGAAUAUGCUGAGAGGAUACAGCAUAGAUCAUGAUGGAGAAUCGGGAAAACUUUGUACACUUUUUAGUGCUCCAGACUAUCCACAGUUUGGUAAAAGGAGAUGUAACAAUAAGGGGGCAUAUGCCGUAUUGAAGUUUCCUGAUUUUGCCAGUCCUUCCUUUCACUCAUUCAAAGGGACAGAAAGACCAAUGGUGGAUCCCUAUGUUGAUUUUGGUGCUAAUAACAUUGAUUCGAGUAAACUAGACUCUUCUCAAAGUGCUUCAACCUCUACCCUUUCUGCUUCUGAAAGAUUUUAUCCAGAAGGGAUGAGACCUGAGUUUGACUUUGGGGCAUUAGGUAUAUACAAUGCCCCAUGUUGGAGUGUUGAACUUCCUGAUGGAUCAGGUGGCACUCAAGUUGUGGAGGUUCCAAGGGCAUCACUGGUUGAAGGGUUACCUCUGCCUCCAAACAUACAGGAACCACACAAGGCUGCUUAUGAGUAUUUGUUUGAGCUAGUUGCUGGCCUGAAACAUAUGAUUGUAACAAGGGAGACUGAGAACAGGGCCCGUGUGUCUGCUUUGAGAAGUAGAGCUAGGAAAAGAAAGGGUCAGGGAUAGCUCAGAAUGGGGCACUGCACUGCAGACAGCACCAUGUGACAAUGUUUAAAUUAUCUCUGUAACAUGUUUAAUUGUCCUUUUAUGUAAGUAUAUUAUUUAACUUGGUAAUUCUUGCUUCAAUGUAACAAGUUUUAGCUUUGGCUCUCUGGUU